UCAGGGGAAGGCAGCUCCGCCAGAAAGGUCAAAGCGUUUCGUUGCGUCGGCUCGAGAGUGAGCUCCACAUAAUAAGUUUCUCAUUCAUUGACCAACUACAAACGUCUCCUCCUCACCUGCCCCGAUUUCUCUUGUGAUCGAAACAAUUAAAGAACCCUCUUCUCUUCUCCUCAAUUAAGCAGUCGAGAUGGGAGCAGGCCGUGGAGGAAACCCAGUUUGGUUCGUGUUGUGGCUGCUGGUGCUGAUCUUCAUCGGCUUCUGGGUCGGCUUCUUCUGCGCCGGCUGGUACGUCCUUCUGGCGCCGCUCGCCGUCUGCAUCCCUGCCAUCAAGGGCAUCACCGACAUAUUAAUGAAAGGGGUGCAACUUCCGGUGUACUGCGCUGAAUCGAUGAUGGCGAUGAAGUCACCUUUCUAAACCAAUGAGACCUUUGAUCAAAUUUAAAAUUUAAACCAUAUAUAAUCAAAAAUGAAAGAACUUGAUUAAGAAGUGUGAACUAAGUGCCUUUUCUCAAUGCACUCUGCUCUGAGAAAUGUCAAAUGACUGUCAAUAUGUGUGCCUUAUAUCAUGGCGAUGGAAUUAAGAAUAAUUAUUUUUUCACAUUAAAAUUCUAGUAUAUUAUGACCUUUUCACUGGAAAAUUAAGUGUCUUUCUUAAAAAAGGAGAAAUUUCUGCAAUAAAUAAUACUUACGGCACAA